AAAAAAAUUUAGUGAAAAUCUUGAUUCAAACGUCUAUAUAAACCGCCCGUUUCUCGCAUUUCUUCCCCUCUUCUUCUGUGGGCUGUUUUUGUAUUGCCUUCUCUAAUGGCGACUUUCUCCCCGCCGAAACCUUCCAUCAUAAACUCCCGUUUUUCCGGUAACCCAUCUGAGUUAUCAACCAAGCAACUCAGUCUGAUCAAGUUUCCGAGGGCUCAUUCUGUAUUUCAAUCGGGAAUUUUGAGGAACAAAUGGGGGAAUCACAUGGGAUUUCAUCGAGUUCGAGUAGGCGGAGGGAGUAGAGGGUUGGCGGUGGUCCGGUGCACGGCGGAGGGGAUAGAAAGAAGCAUUUCAUUUGGGAAGAGAUCAAUCGGAUCCGCCGCCGCGGAAGAACGAGGCAUCGGUGGUGGAGUCGGAAUCGGGUUGCCGGAGAGGUUUAAAGUGGUUGCAUUAACCGCUUUCGUCAUGUGUCUUUGUAAUGCUGAUAGAGUGGUUAUGUCGGUCGCGAUUGUUCCUCUUGCUGCUAAAUAUGGCUGGUCUAAUUCAUUUCUCGGCAUCGUUCAGUCAUCGUUUCUAUGGGGGUACAUAUUCUCAUCGGUGGUUGGAGGAGCAUUGGUGGACAGAUAUGGAGGAAAGCGAGUGAUGGCAUGGGGAGUGGCCCUUUGGUCGCUUGCCACUCUUCUUACUCCAUUGGCGGCCAACCACUCAACAACCAGUCUCUUGGCUGUUCGUGCUUUCUUUGGACUUGCUGAAGGUGUCGCUAUGCCAUCAAUGAGUACCCUCUUGUCGAGGUGGUUCCCCAGCCAUGAACGAGCUAGUGCAGUGGGGAUGUCAAUGGCUGGCUUUCAUCUUGGCAAUGUUGUAGGAUUGCUAUUAACUCCCAUCAUGCUGUCCUCCAUUGGUGUCACUGGCCCCUUCUUGUUAUUCUCAUCACUUGGGCUUGUCUGGUUGAUGUCAUGGAUUCCAGGCGUCACAAACAACCCCAGACAGAGUCAAAACAUCAGCACAUCGGAGCUGCGGUUAAUCGAAGCUGGAAAAGCUGAUUCUUCUCCUCAAAAUGUCAAACACCUACCUCUUAGCCGCCUUCUCUCCAAGUUACCAACAUGGGCUAUCAUAUUCGCCAAUAUGACUAACAAUUGGGGAUAUUUUGUUCUUCUCUCGUGGAUGCCAGUAUAUUUCAAGACCGUGUUUAAUGUGAACUUGAAGCAAGCAGCAUGGUUUAGCGCCAUUCCAUGGGGAACAAUGGCAGUGUCUGGCUACUUUGCAGGCACGACAUCGGACGCUCUAAUCAAAGCACGCUACCCCGUGACAUUAGUCCGGAAGAUCAUGCAGUCGAUUGGUUUUAUUGGACCUGGAUUAGCAUUACUUUGUUUGAACUUUGCGACCACACCAACCAUUGCAGCAGUUUUGAUGACAGUAGCAUUGAGCUUGAGCUCAUUCAGCCAAGCGGGGUUUCUCCUAAAUAUGCAAGACAUAGCACCUCAACAUGCAGGCUUUCUCCACGGGAUUUCGAACUCGGCAGGAACAUUAGCAGCGAUUGUGAGCACGAUUGGAACAGGGUAUUUCGUACAGUGGCUUGGCUCAUUCCAGGCGUUCUUGACUGUUACAGCCACGAUUUACUUCAUGGCAGCCAUUUUCUGGAAUCUGUUUGCUACAGGGGAGCAAGUCUUUUAGCUCUGCUGAAGCCUGUGUGGAAUGGGAAGAGAGGAGAUGAACAUGGAAUCGGAUGGAUGGAGACGAACAUGCAAACCAUCGUAUAGUUCAUCAACCAAAAUUAAGAUACACGUGUAGUAUAAACGGUUUAGUUUUAA